UGCGGAUCUUUGAACAAUUUCCCCUGUUUCUCUCUCUCUCUCUCUCUCUCUCUCUGCCCUGAAUUUUCUGAGUUUCUUUGCCUUAUAAUUUUCUCUUUAAACAAACAUGAGCGUCACCCAAUUCGCCAUGGUGGAAGAAUUGGCAUUCCUAGUUAAGGACAAUCUUCCUUGCAAACAUCUAGUGUUGUCAAUGGAAGAGGCUUUCAUUAAUUUCCUUCAAGAUGAUGCAAGCUCAGAUGGGAUCCUAGAGUUGGAACCUAUGAAUUCAUACAAUCGGCUUCUCCUGCAUCGUCUUGCAGAUAUAUUUGGAUUUGCUCAUGAAUCAAUUGGAGAAGGAGAAGAUAGGCAUUUGGUUUUGCAACGAUGCCCAGAGACAUCAGUACCUUCCAUUCUUGUUAGUGAUAUAUUAUGGCAGUGUGAUGAGCCUCAGUCUCUUACAGUGUCUCGCCAUAUAUUAACAAGAGAAGGAACUGCACCAGUAAUGGAGACAAAGUUCCCUUCUUUUGAGCUUAGUCUUCAGGCAAGAGAAGCUGCUUACUUGGCUGCUCGUGAACGGAUAUUCACAAUGGAUAUUGGAGAGAUCAAGAACCUGUUAAGCAUAAGCCACGAACUGUUCCUAUUGUGGCUCGUCGAAUGAUUGCACAUGCUUUGGGACAAAGAAUUAACUCAUGCAAUCAAAGGAUAAAGCCCGGGAUUCUAAAGAUCAAUUGCAAACUAAUGAACCAAGUAUUCAAGAUACGGAUAAAGCUGAGAAUGAUUUGAGAACAAAAACUUGUCAAGAACUCUUCUUGAACAAGGGGAAAAUGAGGAUGCAUGCAGUAAAGCAAAUAACAAUGCAGAUGAACAUAUUAAUUUGGUGGUUUGUGAGAAAAAUGUUUUGGAUGAAACAACUCAAAAAAAACCUACCAAUGCUAGCAUACCAGGUAGAACUCGAAGUAGAGUAAACAAAGAGUUCUCGAAAGAACAUCUAGGAGCUGCAAAGCGAAUGUUUGCCAAUGCUUUAGGUCUGCACUCGGCUAAGGAUUCGAGAGGUGGUGAAAGGAAGACAAUACAGUAGACAAGGAGCUAUUAUGGUUUUUUCCUCUAACCCACUACCAG